CCUGGGCAACUUGGGGGCGUUCCCUGGUGUGGCAGGGGCGCAGGUGGCUGAGGGGCACGGCUUGGCUGUGCUUUGGGAGGGCUAGGGGCCUUUCUGGGACUUUCAUACCCGGGUCCUGACUUCGUGCAGAGGAGGCCCUGUUCCCGAGACCCGACCUCAGCCGGAUAAGCCCCAGGACAUUUACACAUGAAUCCAUGUGACAUUUGAUUCUUCAGACCAGGAAGAAUAAAAUCUGUCCGUAAUUCUCAUCUCGUCAUUUCAGCUCAACGUCAUUACAUGUACCUAACACUGCUUCACGUCGCUCACUCUGGAUAUGCUGCUGUUUUUUGCUUUGGGAUUGCUUGUACAUUUUGUGUUCUUCGCCUCCAUCUUUGACAUUUAUUUUACAUCUCCUUUGGUUCAUGGAAUGACUCCUCAGUUUACACCAUUGCCUCCUCCAGCAAAAAGAUUAGUGUUAUUUGUUGCCGAUGGCCUGAGAGCAGAUGCUCUUUAUGAAUUAGAUGAAGAUGGUAACUCUAGAGCACCGUUUAUUAGGAACGUCAUAAUGCAUGAAGGCAGCUGGGGAGUAUCUCACACACGCGUGCCAACAGAAUCUCGCCCUGGCCAUGUAGCCCUAAUAGCUGGCUUUUAUGAGGAUGUCAGUGCAGUUGCCAAAGGAUGGAAAGAAAAUCCUGUCGAAUUUGAUUCUCUUUUUAAUGAAAGUAAGUACACAUGGAGCUGGGGGAGUCCGGACAUCUUGCCUAUGUUUGCCAAAGGUGCUAGUGGUGAUCAUGUUUAUACAUAUAGUUAUGAUGCUCAAAAAGAGGAUUUUGGUGCCCAUGAUGCCACAAAGCUGGAUACCUGGGUUUUUGAUAAAGUUAAGGACUUCUUUGAUGAUGCGAGGAAAAACCAGUCUUUGUUCUCAAAAGUGAAUGAGGAAAAAGUAGUUUUUUUCUUACACUUAUUAGGAAUAGAUACAAAUGGACAUGCUCACCGACCAUCGUCAAGGGAAUAUAAGGACAAUAUUAAAAAAGUUGAUGAUGGAGUGAAGGAAAUUGUGUCAAUAUUCAAGCAUUUUUAUGGUGAUGAUGGGAAAACAGUAUUUAUCUUUACCUCCGACCAUGGAAUGACAGACUGGGGUUCCCACGGCGCUGGUCAUCCUUCAGAGACUUUAACUCCUUUAGUGACUUGGGGAGCCGGGAUCAAAGUUCCUCAAAAAGUAUCAACUCAGCAAUUUGAUGACGAGUUUUUAAAAGAAUGGAGAUUGGAAAACUGGAAGAGGCGAGAUGUUGAUCAGGCUGACAUUGCACCGCUGAUGGCGUCUCUUAUUGGAGUUCCCUUUCCUCUUAAUUCGGUGGGGACCCUUCCUGUGGAGUAUCUUAACAACACUGGUCUCUUCAAAGCAGAGAGCAUGCUCACCAAUGCAGUGCAGAUUCUUGAGCAGUUCAAGGUGAAGAUGACUCAGAAAAAAGAAGUUACUUUGCCAUUUUUGUUUACACCAUUUAAGUUGCUCUCUGAUUCUCAGCAGCUGGAUAUUUUAAGAAAAGCAAGGUCUUAUAUAAAGCAAGAAAAAUUUGAUGAAGUAGUCUCCCUCUGUGAGGAGCUGAUAGAUCUUGCAUUGAAAGGAUUGUCCUAUUAUCACACUUAUGACAGAUUCUUUUUGGGCAUCAGUGUUGCUGUUGGUUUUGUGGGAUGGACAUCUUAUGCCUCUUUGUUAAUCCUCAAGUCUCAUUCUAAUCUCACAAGAAGUGCUAGGACGGAAGUUAAGAAGCCACACCGUCUUCUGCCAUGUAGCUUUGUAGCUAUUGGUGUUGUAGUGGCAUGCUUUCUGCUGAUCCAAGCCUGUCCCUGGACUUACUAUGUGUAUUGCUUGCUGCCGGUGCCAAUAUGGUAUGCAGUUCUAAGAGAAUAUCAAGUUAUUCAAGACCUGGUUGUCUCCCUGUUGACUUUUCCUCUGAGCCACGUUGUUGCCUGCUUGCUUGUCUUUAUCUUGGGAAUUGAAGUACUGGUUUUCAGUUUCUUCUACCGCUACAUGCUGACAGCCGGACUGAUUGUGUUUGCAGGUUGGCCAUUUCUCACUCAGCUGUGGGCCCGAGCAAAGAUCACCUGCCUGAGUUGGGCUCUCUCCUCUUUGCUUCUGGCAGUGUUCCCACUGAUGCCUGUUGUGGGUAGAAAGCCAGACAUCUCUCUAGUCAUGGGUGCAGGCUUGCUGGUUCUUCUGCUGUCCCUGGCUAUUGUAACAACUCUCACAAAAAGAAAAACUACUAUGGCAAAGGAGGAGCUGUUGGUGCUUCUGUUACAGAUGCUGAGUACAGUGUUCUCUAUGUAUGUUGUAUACAGCACCCACCACAGUCUGUUAAAGAAAGAAGGCCUGCCUCUUGUGAAUCAGAUUGUGAGCUGGGCCACGUUAGCCUCCUCAUUGGUUGUGCCAUUCCUGAGUUCCACAGCUCUCUUCCAACGACUCUCCAGCAUACUUCUUUCCUUGAUGCCAACCUACUUGCUUCUAAGCACAGGGUAUGAAGCUCUCUUUCCGUUAGUGUUGUCCUGCUUGAUGUUUGUCUGGAUACACAUGGAACAAGAGACCCUACAACAGCCUGGCAUUUCCUGUAAGCAGAAGCUUGGCAGCAUUCAGUUCACCUGUAACACUGAUAUAGCUCAACUUCGACUGCUCAAUCCGGAUGACAUCCGCAGGGCCUUUUUCCUUGUUUUCUUUUUAGUGACUGCAUUUUUUGGAACUGGAAAUAUAGCUUCUAUUAAUAGCUUUGACCUUGCCUCUGUGUAUUGCUUUCUGACUGUGUUUAGCCCUUUCAUGAUGGGAGCUCUCAUGAUGUGGAAGAUUCUAAUUCCCUUUGUUCUUGUGAUGUGUGCUUUUGAAGCAGUUCAGAUAACUACACAGCUGUCAUCAAAAGGCCUUUUCCUCAUUGUUCUUGUCAUAUCAGACAUCAUGGCUUUGGUAAGGCACUUACUUACUCGCAUUUUUUCUUCUUGGUCAAGGAUUCUGGCAGCUGGCUUGAUAUUGGAACCAGCAUCAGCCACUAUGUGAUUGUCAUGUCCAUGACCAUCUUUCUGGUAUUUCUUAAUGGCCUGGCACAAUUGCUCACAACAAAGAAACUCCAACUGUAUGGCAAAUCCAAAAGGCAUCUCCUGUGAUGUUAGUAAAGCCAUCAGUCAACAUCUGCAUCCUGGUUCUCCUUAAAGAAAAAUCCCACCAAGGAGUCAAGAAGAUGGAUAUCGGACCAGAGAGAUGGCUCAGUGGGUAAAAGUACUUGUUGCACAAGGCUGACAACGUGAGCUUGAUCCUGGGAAUCCAUGGUGGAAGGAGAAAAGAGCUCCCAGAAGUUGUCCUUUGGUCUCAUGUGCAUGCUAUGUCU